AUGGCUUGUUAUUAUAAUUUAUCAAGGAGACUGAAUAAAUUGUACACUGUCAAAUUAUGUGUUCCAAAGGAGAAACCACUAAGUAUUUGUAGAAAAUACACAAAUAAAGUACUUAAAAAUGACAGUCAUGCUGAUGACAAUAGUCCACGAGAGGUAUUAAAGAAGAAAAUAGCUAAUAAUGAAUUAAUUCAAGACGAUUAUCAAAUAAAAAUUGUUGAAAGUUUACAACAAGUUUACGAUGAUCUGAAAGGCUAUAAACCUUCUAAAGCUUCAUCGUUUUUAAGUAAAUGGCUCAAAAGUAGUAAUGCUAAUAAACCACCAAAAGGAUUGUAUAUUUAUGGUGCUGUAGGCGGUGGUAAAACAAUGUUAAUGGAUCUUUUCUACAAUUGUUGUCAAAUAGAAAAUAAACAAAGAGUUCACUUCAAUUCAUUUAUGUUGGAUGUUCACGCAAAAAUUCAUCAAGUUAAAAAAACAAUAAAAAGAGAUGCCAGUGAAACGAAACUCAAACCGUUCGAUCCUAUACCUCCAGUUGCUCAAAUGAUUACUGAAAAAACUUGGCUGCUCUGCUUUGACGAAUUUCAAGUCACUGAUGUAGCUGAUGCUAUGAUUUUAAAACGCCUCUUCACUCAGCUUUUUACUAAUGGAGUAGUCGUUGUAGCAACGAGUAAUAGAUCACCAGACAAUUUGUAUAAAAAUGGAUUACAGAGAAGUAAUUUUAUACCGUUCAUUCAAGUACUUAAAGAUCAUUGUGCAAUUGAAACUCUGGAGUCAGGAAUAGACUACAGAUUAAAAUUGGGCUCAGGCAAAGAUACCAAAUAUUUUAUUAGUGGUCAGGAUCCAGAAGACGCUGUAGAUACAAUUUUCAAAUACUUAUGUUCAAUGGAAAACGACACUGUUAGGCCGAAAACUUUAUCAUUUAAAGGUCGCAAUGUGACAUUUAAAAAAACUUGUGGACAAAUUAUCGAUUCAACAUUCGAAGAAUUAUGUGAUAGACCUUUAGGAGCUAGUGAUUACCUUGAAAUAUCUCAAGCAUUCCAUACAGUCAUUAUAAGAGACGUCCCUUUACUUAAUUUACGACUUAAGUCACAAGCAAGAAGAUUUAUUACGUUGAUCGAUACUCUGUAUGAUAAUAAGAUAAGAGUUGUGAUAUCGGCAGCAGCUGCUCCUAAUAAAUUAUUUGUACCUGAAGGCGAUUCCGAAUACACCGAUGAGAAACGAAUGCUCAUGGAUGAUUUAGCAAUAUCUCAUGGCUCUGAUAACCAUAAAUCAAAUAUUUUUACUGGAGAAGAAGAAUUAUUUGCAUUCGAUCGUACAGUAUCACGGCUUUGUGAAAUGCAAACAAAAGAAUACUGGGAACAGUGGGAACAGUACAAAUAA